AUGAGACUCGCAGCCACCGCAGCCGUCGUCCUCGCUACGACAGGAUCGACCAUGGCCCGUCCUACUGUUGCAAAGAGGGCUAUCACUGAUGCUGAUAUUCUGAACUAUGCUCUCACCCUCGAGCAUCUUGAGGACAAAUUCUAUCGUGAAGGUCUCGCCAACUUCACCCAGCAGCAAUUCGCGGAUGCCGGCUAUGACGCGACCUUCUACAAGAACCUGAAGGAGGUUUCCUACGAUGAGACUACUCACGUUUCCUUCCUGACCGGAGCCUUGACAGCUGCUGGUGCUAAGCCCGUCGCCGAGUGCACAUACGCUUUCGGCGUCACAUCUGUCGCUGCCUUCGUCGCAACCGCCUCCAUCCUCGAAGGCGUUGGUGUCUCCGCCUACCUUAGAGCUGCUGCCUCAAUUGUGAACAAGGAGUACCUCACGGCCGCAGGAUCCAUCCUCACCGUUGAGUCGCGUCACUCCUCUUACCUCCGCGCCUCCUUCAAGGAGUCUCCCUUCCCUCAACCCUUCGAUACACCUCUCGACUUCGACGAGGUCUACACACUCGCCGCUCCCUUCAUCGUCAGCUGCCCGAGCACCAACGCCGCGCUCCCAGUCAAGGCCUUCCCUGGCCUCGCUCUGACUGCCUCCUCCGCACCUGUGACCUCAGGCAAGACCAUUCAGUUCACCGCAAAGGCCACAAUCGAGCCUGAUGCAGGCAAGGACUACGUUUACGCUGCCUGGGUCGCCGUUACUGGCCCCAUCUUCACCAAGGCAUACUUCAAGACCGGUGGCAUCAUCGAGACCACCGUUCCCGCCGGCUUCCACGGACAGUCGUAUGUGGUCAUCACCGGCUGCAACAGCUCUGUCUCGGACGACACUGUUAAGGCUGGCCCGGCGAUUGUGGAGGUCACUAACUCGUCUGGUUCCCCAUGAACACGAUAUAAUGCUGCAUAGGCGUUUCGUUUCUCUUUGUUAUGGGUCGGGGCAUACCAUGGUGUUACACACCGGUUUUCUUUCUCUGUAUAAAAUAUAUUCGUUCGCUGUCACGACGUCUCUCUCCAAUGGCUUUUGAUGGAGAGUGUAAAAGCUGCAGGGUCCUAAUAUCUAAUUCAUCUAAAC